UUGGAGAGCAAGAAAUUUCAAGGUCAGUUUUUUUUGGAUUAAUAAAAAAUAUACUGUGAAACCCUGCCACCAAAAACCUUCGUUAUUUUAGACUAUCAAAAACUUUCAUUUUUCAGCCAACCUGAUUCCUUGGAAAAAUUCGAUUGAUAUCAAUCUUCUGAUGGAUUUUGGUAUGAAAUGUCAGAAAAUCGAGAAGGAAAAUAAGUUGAAUAAGUUUUGGAUUUUUGUCGAUUACUUGAAAUGAUCUUGAAGGGCUAAAAUAUGUUUAUACACCUGAUGAUGAUGAGAAAUCGAAUAUUGAGACACCUGGAGAAUUCACACCAGUUUCUGGACAAGAUUAUCCAAAAAUUGAUUUGAAUUCUAUCAAUCAUGGAGAUUGUUUUGCGAAAAUUCGAAGAAGCACUGCGAAAUGA